AUGUACAUUCCGGCCAAGUACCUCGUCGAGGAAUGGGCCCCACAGGAGGAACUUAUCCUUGAAAACCCCCUAGCAACCAUCGUCACCCAUACAGAGGAAGAUGGUUUAAUUGCAAACCAUAUUCCGAUGAUACUGAGAGUCGAUGCCGCCACGGGGAGGAAAUACCUCUGUGCCCAUAUAGCCAGGGUCAACCACCAGGUCCCCUCGUUAUCAGACAACCCUGAUGUAUUGGUUAUCUUCAAGUCUCCCGAUUCCUACAUCACUCCAACCUACUACCCCACCAAGCAGGAGACACACAAGGUUGUUCCCACGUGGGAUUUUGCUGCAGUGCAUAUCAAGGGUAAGUCUCGGAUAGUUGACGAACCGAGCUGGGUUUUGGAGCAGCUCAACGACUUGACUGAUCAACAAGAGAGAAACAGCAACCCCGCUUGGAGAGUCGAUGAGACACCUAGCAACUACUUGGGUCUCCUGCAGAAGGCCAUCUACGGACUCGAAAUCGAAAUCGUAGAGACAAGAUGUAAAUUCAAGUUUGAACAACAAAUGAAACGGCAGGAUAUUGACGGGGUCAUUGACGGGUUGGAGAGAGACGGUAAGGUCCACGUCUCCAACCUUGUCAGGUCUUCCAAUGCAUAG